AUGCCCAUCUUCAAUGGCAUAGCCACUAGAAUCACAGAGAGCUAUUACUACAAGCAAAACUUGUAUUGGAGCCUCAGAUCCAACCUGCCUGAGGAUAACUCACAGAUCAUCGGGCUCAUCGGCUUGGCCAACACCCUGCUCACCUACCAGAACAUUGUCCCCAUCUUCAUUGAGUUGGUCCGCACCCUCCAGGCCUACUUCUUCUGGGCCAAUGACGAUCUCGCACUUGAUGGCCGCCAAACCCUUGCCCGCUCCUGGAACCUCUCCAAAAAUCUCGCUCAGAUCAAAUACAUCUUCAGCAACAAAACUGGCACAUUGACCCAGAACCUCAUGCAGUUCAGAAAAUGUACCAUCAGUGACACCGUCUACCAAGGCUCAAGAAGUCAACCAAUAGCUGUUGGCGAGGAGGAGGAGCUGCAGAUGGGAAAUUUGGACCCAAGAGAGGUCUCCGUGUUUAGGGGUUUUAGUUCUAAGUAG